CAGAGAGAUUGUUCUUUUAUUUUUUUAGAAAUGCUUUAAAAAUUGAUGUCUGCCCGUGUCCGUCCUGGUUUGUCUGUUCGUCUUCGUCCGUGUUUUGUCAGUCCGUGUCCGUCCUGGUUUGUCAGUCCGAGUCCGUCCGUGUUUUGUCAGUCCGUCUUCGUCCGUGUUUUGUCAGUCCGAGUCCGUCCGUGUUUUGUCAGUCCGUCUUCGUCCGACUUUUGUCAGUCCGAGUCCAUCGGUUAUGUCUGUCCUUGUGUGUGUUUUGUCUGUCCUCAAUUGAAUAUGCCACAGGUAAAAAGAGUGGAAUUGAACGAGGAAGAAAAGAAUGACCAUUAUUUAUAUUUUUAGUUAAGGAAAAAAAGCAAGGAAAAAUAUCAAGCCGGCACGAUUUGCGUAUAGGGUCGGAUCCUGUCCUGUUCGAAAUUUUAGAACCCAAUCCUGAUGCCCUGCAAGUGUAAUUUUACCGACCUCUAGUUUCAAAUCGAUCGUGAAGCUUGAGCUUUUAAGCUUGAGCUUUACCCAUGUUCUUUUAUGCGUCCCAUCAGACAAUAUACGUC